AAUCAAUACUCAUCUGUCAGUCAGACGUGCGUGCAAAAAUCUGCCAUCAAAAAAUGGAAACAAAUUAAAAGUUCUUGUUUGUUGUAAACAAAUAAAACAAUUCUUACCAAAGUUCGUCUAGAACAAACUAUUUCUUCUACAAGCAAAAUGAGUUUCGUAGACUUGGCAACGUUGACUUUUCAUCGACGGAACGAGCUGGAAGCUCGUGUAAACGUAUUUUUAAAUAAAUGUGACCAUGCUGUUAAUGACAUACAAAAGCUAAAAGUGCAGGCUCAAAGCUUUGUACAUGAUCUAAAUUGUGAGCCGUCAGAGCUAAAAGAAAAGUUUCUGAACUGCAUGAAGCAGCUUGACGAAUUCACAUACCUUCUCACCGACUUCAAUCUUGCUCUUGGACAAUUGGAAGAACACCAUGGAACACCAGAAUCCACCCCGGUGCAUGACAUGGCGCAUACAACACCUCUUCAACCUCUGAUAAUGCCAAUGAACCCAACGAACCUCAUUGAUGUGCUCAGCGAGCCGACACCGUCUACCUCCACCGCUUGCCCCAAUCUUUGCCCGUCUAAGAUACCAAAACGGAACAAAAUACCAAAGAGAGAUCAGCUACUAAUAGCGUUCUCUAGCUCUUCGUCUUCCUCGGAGAGCAUGCCUCAGGUGAAACCGGUGAUGCUAACGAAGGAAGUACAGUGUGAACUCGCUGAAGGUGUCAAUGCAAUGACUAUUGAAGCUGAAGGUGUCAAUGCAAUGACUAUUGAAGCUGAAGGUGUCAAUGCAAUUACUAUUGAAGCUGAAGAUCAGGCAAGCCCUCCAGUAACUAUCAAUCUCCCUGCUCAGUCAAUUCUCCAGGUGGAACAGGUGUACAGUGCGACGAUCAUGAGCAUUGAUGGACCUUCCUUCUGGAUAAUCACUGAUGACAUUGAUGAAGUUUGCUCGAUGAUGGUGGAAAUGACGGAGUUCUAUAAGAAUAACCGCGUAAACCUCACCCUAGAGAAGGUGGCCGAGCUCACAUACUGCGCCUUCUACGACGACGACAGCGAUUGCUUCUAUAGAGCUCUGGUCAUCAAAAUUAUACAGGAGGAGAACUACCUAGGAGUGGAAGUAUUCAUGGUUGACACGGGCGAAGUUCGCUCGGGCCUGAUAACCGACGUGCAACCGCUCAUGGGCCGCUUCUGUACUAAGCCACCGUACGCGCGCUGCUGCCAUCUGGCGGGGAUUGAGUUCGUCACUUAUGACAACGAGGAAAUGACGAAGAAACAAGAAGAGUUCAUAAAGAAGUACCGCGCCAACCAGUGCCGCGUCGAAGUUGAUGACAACACUUCAGAAUCGUUGGGGGUGUACGUGGUACUCCCCUCGGGUGAUAAAUUGAACGACCUUCUCGUUCAAGAGGGAUUCGCUCGCUCAACAGACGUACCAAGGACUGAGGAGGAUCGAUUGGAUGAAGCGGCCGGGGGAUUGGUGGCUAGCGCGGAGGAUAUCACGCAGUGUCCCGAGUACGAGGAUCCCGUUGAGGCGGUUACGGGUUACUCAAACCGCGACGAGGCGGACAUCUGCAAGCAUUACAAGGGCGUGGGCAAAACCUGUUUCAAGGGCGCCAGGUGCACCAAGAAACACAUCGUGAAACAUCCUGACGGCUGGACCCUAGACAAGGUGGAGGUGGUCGCCAAGCUGAAGACCAUGCGGCUGCCGCAGCCAGAUACCUGGCAUAAAGUGGUGGUGACAUACGUGUGCCACUACGACCGGCUCUACGUGCAGUUCGUUCGGGAUAAGAGAAGGGAAGACGACGAAGUGCCGAAUUUCGGCGUGGUGCUCCCGCCGAAGUCGCUAACCAGGCUCGUGCGCGACAUGAACAGCCCAGCUGCCCGCAUGAGCUACAAGCCGCUCGUGUUGACACCAGCCCCCGGUGAAUUGGUAGCAGCUUUGUACCCACUGGACAACCAGUGGUAUCGCGCCCGAGUGCUCUCCGUGACUCGAGCAGACCAGAAUGUCGAAGUGGUUUACGUAGACUACGGCAACGUGGUGUGGGUGAAGGAAGACGAUAUUCGCGCGUUGGAACCACGCUACCUGCUACUGCCUGAGCAAGCCGUGCGCUGCGUAUUAGCCGGUGUGAGCGCGCGCUCGCAUCGGUCCCAGCAGUGGGCCGAGGCUAAGCGCGCACUCGCUAGCAUGGUGCAAGACCGGACUCUGGACGCCAGGAUCAUCGGGCGCGACUACGACGAGCUAAUCGUCGAGUUAUUCGACGCAGAAGGCUACAGCGUGGCCGAGCAGCUGGCGGCGCAAGCAUUUGUCGAUCUGAAGGAGUUCGCCGUGGUGCCCGACUCGCACAUCACUACGAGGAUCGUGCCUGCUUGAGGCAGGAUCUCAUGACACUGACGACUAAGGACCUGCUCUAAAACUUCUUCGCAUACAUUUAUACUGAUAUUAUUACAUUCCGAUCGAUUUUAAGGUAUUCGUAAAUUUCCUUAAACAUAACUCGGGAAAUAAAUAAAUAAAAAUCAAUUGUUAUGUUUUUACUCGAAUUGUAAAAUUCUCUGUAAAAUCACUUGGAUAUAUUUUUAUAAAAUUGCUAGAAGCAACACUUUUUGGACAAUUCAAACUUGUCUUUAUUCACUGAAAGAUUAUUUGCUUUUGAAGAUUUAAAAUUGUUGUAAUCGAUGUCGUAGGCUUACCAAUAAGUGUUUAGUAUUGCUUUAUAUGUGCAAGGGUUAAGAUAAUUGUGACGUAAUUAACCAUUUAAAUACUUAUUUGCUUGGCAACAGAAGUUUCUAUGUUUGUUUUAGUCAUUUGAGAUACAUAAUUUGUGCUUCCAUUUAUGAGUUACGCAUAAAUUGUAUGUUUUAUUGUAUGUUUAAUUAGGUUUAAGGUAAUAAAUGUCUAUAUUAAAAUACUGGAAGUCUCAUCAUCUCAUCU